AUGGACCACGCUAAGUCAGCUCUCAGCCAGCCUCCUCACAGCAACGUCCCUUGCUCGGAUCAAUGCCAAUUUCCAACGGUGGACAAGCCGCUCACCAACGAGUCAGGCAACGCAGACUCUAAACAGCCCUCCCAAGGCAAACCGGGCCUCACUCCCUCCGGCUCCAACCCUCGCUCUUCUGCUGGGCACUCCACAGCUACAUCCAAGAAUCAACGCCGCGCAUUACGCUGCUGUCUCUGCCUGCAAGAGCUAAUUAUCACCUUCCUCACCGAGCACACCCAGCCCUCUCUCAUCACCCUCCAGCCAACCAACCACCACAGCAUCAUGCAGCAGGCCGGCUCCCUGCUCGUAUCCAUGGAACAUGCGUUGCGCGACCUGCAGCUCACCAUCCCAGCCAAGUACCAUACCUUGUGGCUUAAGCAUCAGAUGGAUGGGUACACCAAGACUCUGGAGGCCCUGCGCGAAUUCAUGCGUGGAGGCUGA